AUGGUGGUGGUUCCAGGAAAGGAUGUGGGCAGCAGGUAUGCCAUCCUGGCUGUUGUGACGACAGUCUGGAGAAAUUCCAAGAAACCCCAGGUGACAAAUCUUCCUACCAGCCUGGGCCAUGUGGUGGCUUUCAGGUGCCUAGAACUGCAAGGCUGUCCGGGCUUCCUCACCAAGUUUCAGGCACAUCAGAGGUCCAAACCUUGGGUCCUGCGACCAGAGUCAGUGGUAGCGAUCCUUGAUGUUCAGGAUGAAGAAUUGAAAGUUGAUCGCAUGGUUUGCCAGCUUACGGAAAGCUCCAUGUCAGUUUGGACUGACUUGAACAGCAGCGUUGCUGACUGGUGGCCAGUUCCUGAGGAUGAACCAACCCAAGGUUCAAGAGGCUUGUACAAGAGGAAACGCAGGCAGAGAACCAAGAAAAAUUCAAAGAAGAAAAAGUCUGGAGGCGAUACCAAGGAGACUGAGGCAGAGGUGCCGGCAGAUGAUGAAGAAGCCAACGGCAUGGAAGAGAAGGAAAAGAAAAGCAAGGGCAAGUCGAAGAAGAAGAAGUCCUCAAAGGACAAGAAAGACAAAGAGCAGGUGAAGAAGGCAUCUGGCGUGAUCGUUGCCAGCAAGUCCUUGAAGAAGUUGAAAAAAGUUGAGAAAGCCAAGGUUGUCCCGUUCCAACCCAAGAACUUCAAGAAGAUUGGUGACGGCCCUACCUUGGUGGUGCAGACCAUGAAUCGCUUGAGGAAAGCCGAGCUAGGCAGAUUCAAAGAUCCUUCGUUCUCCCUCGAUGGUGUUUGCAGACUUCCUGGCAACCACAAGUUCAAGGAGAUCACGUGGGAAGAAGUGGUGAUGAACGCGCAUCAGUUCUUUGUAGCGACGUAUUGGAAGUUGUCUCCCAAGAUGUUUGGCAGACAAGUCCAUCAAAGAUUCCUCCGUGCUCAGACACAGCUUCAGGCCAACCAGCCUGAGCGAGGUGCUUGGCUGAUGUUGCUCACUGAGAUUUGCCAGUUCAUUAAGCGCUGA